UCUUCUUUUGGUCAUUUUGUCAUCAAAAAAUUACUUUCGAAGUUCCUUCGCGUUGUUUGAUAGAGUUUAUUGCUGUGCACUACCGGUUUAUGUAUUCGUAUAGGAUUAUUCCUUUCUAGUCUACAAUUAAAAUGGAAUCAUUGUAUAGUGUCCCAUUUCUGCUGUUCGAGGUGCCGAAUCUGAAGCUAAAACGGCCUUCCUGGUUUCAGCAGCCUUCGGCAAUGACCGUCUUUUCGUUUGUCCUGUUGUCAUAUUUUCUUGUUACCGGAGGAAUAAUAUACGAUGUAAUAGUGGAGCCUCCUAGCGUCGGAUCCACCACCGACGAGCAUGGCCACUCCCGUCCGGUUGCCUUUAUGCCGUAUCGAGUCAACGGGCAGUACAUUAUGGAAGGACUUGCAAGCAGCUUCCUGUUCACGAUUGGUGGACUAGGUUUCAUAAUAAUGGAUCAAACCCACACUCCCGGCAAACCAAAGUUGAACAAGAUCCUGCUCAUUGCGAUGGGAUUCAUCUUCAUCCUGGUGUCUUUCUUUACCACCUGGAUUUUUAUGCGAAUGAAAUUGCCAGGCUAUCUACAGCCGUAAAGGAAAAAGCGUUAAUUGUGAAAUGCUAGAGCAUUUUUAUUGACCAAUCACAAUAAACAAAAUUCAGAAAUAAAAAGAUCUGGAAGAGUAUAUAAGGUAAAAUAUUCAUAUGCCGAUU